CUAGAGUCCAGGGGCUUCAGGCGGCCUCCUGCCGAGGGGACCGGCAGCUGAGAGGCAGAGGAGGACACGGGGGCAUUAGGAAGGAGCCAGAGUGCCUUGGAGGGGCCACAGAGAGAUGGCAGCGGCAGUGGAACACUGUCCAGGGCCCUGGCCGACACCAAGGGAUGCAGAGGAAUGGAGCCUGUUCACCUUUGGCCAAAUGGGAGAAAACAAGGCCUCAGCUAAAUUUCUUCAAGGCCGAAGGUCUGCUCCUUUACACAUGCAGGGCAGUGCCAAAAGGAUGGGCACCAUGACCGAUGUGCACCGGCGCUUCCUGCAGCUGCUGAUGACUCACGGUGUGCUGGAGGAAUGGGAUGUCAAGCGCUUGCAGAACCACUGCUACAAGGUUCACAACUGCAAUGCUCAAGUAGACAAGUUGGAGGACUUCAUCAACAACAUUAACAGUGCCCUGGAGUCCUUGUACAUUGAGAUAAAGAAGGGAGUCACCGAAGAUGACGGGAGACCCAUUUAUGCACUGGUGAAUCUUGCUACAACUCCAGUUUCCAAAAUGUCCACGGAUUUUGCAGAGAAUGAACUGGAUCUCUUCAGAAAGGCUUUGGAGAUGAUCGUUGACUCAGAAACUGGCUUUGCAUCUUCCACAAACAUUUUGAACCUGGUCGAUCAACUGAAAGGCAAGAAGAUGAAGAAGAAGGAAGCUGAGCAAGUGCUGCAGAAGUUCGUGCAGAGCAAGUGGCUGAUCGAGAAGGAAGGGGAGUUCACCCUGCAUGGCCGGGCCAUCCUGGAGAUGGAGCAGUACAUCCGGGAAACCUACCCCGACUCUGUGAGGGUCUGCAACAUCUGCCACGGCCUCCUCAUCCAGGGGCAAAGCUGCGAGACCUGUGGCAUCAGGAUGCACCGGCCCUGCGUGGCCAAGUACUUCCAGUCAAGCCCUGACCCGCGCUGCCCGCACUGUGACGACUUCUGGCCGCACGAGGUUCCAGAAGUCUUUGACCCCGAGAAGGAGAGGGAGGCUGCCGGCUCCAGGUCCAGCCGAAAGUCCUUGCGGUCCCGGCAGCAUUAGCCAGCGUCCCCGUCAGAGGCCCGUGCGAUGUGGGUGAGGGUACUGUCUGUGUUCGUGGACAGGUUGGAAUAAAGCCAUGCCAAGGGCUUGCUGGAUGCAGGUUCUGGCGUCCCUGGCUCCCUGUGGUCUCCUUCCCGUGUUCCAGGGUGCAUGAGGCCGAGCAGGGCUGGACUCAUCUUGGCCCAGCUGCCCCUCCUCCUGGCCCUUACCCACCCACAGCAGCUGCUCCCCAGCGCCCAUUCCUGCCGCCCCAGUGUGCUCGCCCCACAGCAGGCCCUGCCCGCCAAGACCCUGGGACGGCUUCACAGAGCCCUGGUCCCCAUGAGGGCCCGUGUCCCCCACUCUGCCCUCUCGCUGGGCUCUGCCUGCCUCCUCCUGUACCAUCUUGGCCCUCACCACUGCAGUGCCCUGCCCCUCCCUGCACCCCUUGGCCACCUUACUUGCCAUCCUGCUGUGGUCUCCGGCCUCUCUUCCUCCCAACUCGUCAGGACCCUUUAGCUGUUACAGAAGAGUCAGCUCAAACUAGCUCAAGCAAGGAAAAACUUGGCCAUCGGGGUCCUUCAGGAGGACCGGCCUUGGCCUGGUGCAGUGGUGCCAACCCGAUGGCUCUUGUGCCACAGCGGGCUCUGUAUGACUGAAUGCUCUAGAAGGUUCGUCAUCACUGGUGUCAUGGCUCUGCUUGCUUCUCCUGGUGCUGGCCUUAUGCUCAGGCCUAUGAGGUGGAUUCCCAGAAACCGGCCUUCAUGGGGGCAACAUGGAGGCCAUACCUCCAGUUCUCACACCCACAUCCCCCACUGUUAAGAGGAAGAGGGAGGUCUCAAUUAGAGCCCCCCGCCAGCAAAUGUCUGCAGUGUUCAGGAGGCCGCCUGUCUGCCCGGGAAGGCAGAGCUGAUGUAGGAAGGGCCUGGCCCCAGGGGGUGUCUCAGCCCUCCCUUCCUGCUCAGUGCCCUCCCUUUACCACCCUAGAGGGGGUCCAGGGCUGCUGGGCCAGCUGGCUCCUGCUCGCCCUGCCUGCGCAUGGUUCCAGUCUAGCCCUUCACCCUGGUUGCAGGCAGCAUUGGCACUCCUUGGCCAGGACCGAGACUGCCCUGCCCACCUUCUCCCCCACUGGCCCCGCUCCCAUCUGCCCCCGCCUCCCUGGUCUCCAGCCUCCCUGGUCUCCAGCCGUCCUGUCCAGGCCUUGUCUACCUGCAGCACAGCUGUGACCUGACCUCCCUGCCCGCUCUGUGUUCUCUCCCCCUCCUCCCACCCAGCCGCCCUGCCUGGACCCACACCAGUGCCAGUUCCGGGUUCCUGCGGCACGCACUUCUCCCUAAUCUGUCAGCUGCCCACAUGUCACGUCCACACCCGUCCUUCCCUAUUCUGUGGCCUGCGACACCACUGUGCGACUUGAGAUCUGAGUCCCGCCACGAGGGAGGAGCCUCGCCUGGCAGUGUCCAACACGGGUGUCAGCGGGCCUUGGUGCUAAAUGUGAUGGGUGCCUGGGUUCCAAGCAGAGGCCAGAGUCCACAGCCUCAGCUGCCAAAGCCAGCCUUGUAUCUGGGUUCCUGCAGCACUGGCACCUGGCUCCCUACCUGUUGGGGUGUGGGCUGCCACAGCUCAAGUUAGAUCACCCAGCCACAGGCCAGCUGCUGUUCCUUGCAGCAGAGGCCCUGCAAGCUGCAGCUGAUGGCACCAUUACGGCCCAGCCGUUGUUUCUGCUGUGGAGGGAGGCGUUGGGAACCACAGGCCAUUGCAUUCCCACCCCUUCCUGUCUGUCACUCAAGGGUGGCCUGGAGCCGCCCGGCCUGGGGAUCACAGCAGCCAUUCCUGCGGCCUCAGACCCAGCCCCCAGCACCUCCCCAGAGCUUCUGGAUUUGGGCUGAGCCCAGGGCUCGAAGUACUCCCAGACCCAUGUGGACUUGAGCCUGCAGGGACAUACUCUCCCUGGGGAAGGGAAGGGGGCACCAAGUGGAGAAGGGCAGAGAGGCGCCCUGCUGAGAACCCUGCCCGUCCCUGUAGUUUGAGACCACACAUCUAGGCUUGUUCCUGUUUAGGCUCCUCUGAGUUGGGUUUCUGUCACAGCAGCAGGAGUCCCAGCCCCACUGGUGCUUGGGCUGCACCUGCCUCCUCACCUGCCUGGGCCCCCACCGUCCCAUGUCCUCAAGGCCGACUCCUGGCUUCCUGGCAUCCCAGGUCCUGCACUGGCCUCUGCUUCCCCGUUCUCCCGCCUGUGGCACGGCCCACCCGGGACAUGUGCCCAAGGACCUGUGGGUCUUCCUCCGGGGUCACAGCAAUGUGUUUUUCCAUCUCCUUCCUGCUGCUGUCUCUGCCUGCCCCACCACAGGCAGCAGGGGAAUUUGGUUGAACAAAUGACUUUUGAGAUAAAAUUACCUAAAUUUCUAUGUGUGUAUUUACAUUAUUGAAAACAGUGGAGGCUGGGGGUUUGGCUCAGUGGUUCUGCCACCUGACUUGCAAGUGCAAGGGCCAGAGUUCGAUCCCUGGUACAAAAAAA